AUGACUGUACCCGCCCAGAAUAAGAGCCAUGUUAUCAUUGACAGAAACGGCAUCAUCGAAAAUAGACACCUGGUCCACGCCGCGAUAGUCGACUCAGCCGGAAAGGUUCUCUUCUCUCUCGGCGAUCCAUCGCGAGUGACACUCCUCCGAUCUGCAGCCAAACCAGUUCAAGCACUAGCGGUUGCGGAGACUGGCGCCCUCGAGCAUUUUGCUUUUGACGAUGGUGAUCUGGCUCUUAUGUGUGCCUCGCAUAGUAGCGAGGACCGGCAUAUCGAGCGGGCUCGACGAAUGCUCGCUAAGUCGCAGCAUACGGAGGACCAAUUGCGGUGUGGUGGCCAUCCUUCAAUAAAUCCGGCGAUCAACAACGAAUGGAUCAAGCGGGACUUCGAACCGACGGCAGUCUAUAACAAUUGUUCCGGCAAACAUGCGGGUAUGCUGGCUGGGGCCAAAGCUAUUGGUGCCUCCGCAGACAAUUACCAUCUCCUGACGCAUCCAAUCCAGGCCAGCGUCAAGAGAGUCGUGGAAGAAGUAGCUGGGUUAAGCGAGGAAGAGGUUCAGUGGGGGCUUGACGGCUGCAAUAUGCCGGCGCCUGCAUUUCCCCUUUCUCACUUGGCCAAGGUAUAUGCUUCAUUUGCCCAGGCAUCAGACGCAGUAGCCAGUGGCAGUCCAGUCACGCCCAGGGUGCAGCUGAUGGGAAAGAUCUUCAAUGCCAUGGCUCAAAUGCCCGAGAUGGUUGGCGGCGAGGGUCGCUUCUGUACUAUCUUAAUGAGUGCUCUUGGUGGCUCUACCAUCGGCAAGGUCGGUGCAGAUGGCUGCUACGCCGUUGGAAUGCGCGAGUCUGAACAGACGAAGGGAAUUGGAGCAGAGGGCGCAGUUGGGAUCGCCGUCAAGAUUGAAGACGGCAAUCUAGGUAUACUGUAUGCCGCGGUUGCUGAAAUAUUAGCGCAGCUGAAGCUCUGUAAUCGGGAGGACAUGCAGACUCUGGAGACAUAUCAUAAUCCGAAGAUGAAGAACACCAUGGGAAUUGUCACUGGUACUGCGAGGUUUGACUUUGAGUUUCUUUGCACCAGGGGGGCAAUUUUACUCUAA